AGAUGGAGCUGGAGAAAAGCCUGCUGUCGGACCAUGAGCUGCGGCUGAUGGAGGACGCAGAGAGGAUGAGUCGGAAGCAGGCUGACGACUACGACUCGGAUGAAGAGGAGGGACGUGAUGACCAAGAGAUCAUGAUGGCUCAGGACCUGGAGGACACCUGGGAGCAGAGGUUAAAGAGCUUCCAGCCUGCUCCAAGGUUCAGAGCCGACGCAGAUAAGGACUUGACCUCGGUGCAGCGCUGUCUGGCCGACUCGCUGGUGCUGCUGGCUGAGCAGCAGGUGGGAGCAGAGAAGCUGUGGCUGCUUCCUCAGGCAGCGUGGCAGGAGGGAGAAACGCUGCGGCAGACGGCAGAACGAGCUCUCAGCUCCGUUUCAGCAGCUGAUUUCAAGGCAACUUUCCUCGGGAACGCUCCCUGCGGUGUUUACAAGUACAAACUGCCCAAGGCCACUCGGACCGAGAGCUCAAUUGGGACAAAGGUGUUCUUCUUCAAAGCCAUCCUGGCUGACAGCGCUCCAGGAAAAGCUCCAAACUCGGCUCUGCUUUGGUUGAAGAAAAGUGAGCUGCAGAAAUACCUGAAACCAGCAUACAUGAUGAAGGUUGACCGCUUCGUUCUCAGCUUGUGACCAGAGACUUAUUCAAUACAGUUUGUUGUUGAUCUGUCAUCCAUUUUCAAUAAAUAUUUGGUUUGUUUCGUAAUACAGUUUUUUUCCCCCUCAGGAACUGAUAUUCAUCAAAAUAAAAAUUUAAAAUAUAUUGUGUGUCCUUAGGAGAACUGUAUCAUUUUGUUAAACAAGAUGAAAGAAAUUCAAACAUAGUCUUAGUAGGAUUCCUCUGCAGUGGGACAAUGACGGCUGACAGUUUUAUCCACAGCUUGCUCCUCUAGGCAAUAAAUCAGCCAGUUGUACGGCUCUGGAAGUGAGGUGUCAGUGAUUAGCUAUCACUUUAUCAUUCAGUUCAGUAUUCAGGCUGGCAGUGCUCUCUUUUUCAGUAGAGAAUGUAAAAAGGUUCAUGCUCGCUCAUUGUGUGCGUUUAUUUAUUAGUUUUGGAUUUUUAAAUAAAGCAUUUGACCCGUUCAGUCAU